UAUGUCAGAUGGGUUUUGACAUAUGUCUUUAGAUUAUCUUGAUAUAUUACUAAUUGUGUAUAUUUGUUUCUAUUUUUACCAGAAAUGCUUUAUAAUCACAAAAUACCAUCGCCUCGUGAUGACGUCACACUCGAGAUCAUUGAUACGGCGGCUAAAGACAACGAAAACAGAGAAAGUCACAUAAAAUGGGGUGAUGGUUUUGUGUUUAUUUACUCCAUCACGGACAGAAAAAGCUACGAGUAUAUUAACACAUUAAAAGAUAUGCUGGUCAAAAUCAGGGGCCCGGAUAUGCCCGCUAUAGUUGUGGCUAACAAAUGUGACCUACUUUCUGUGAGGCAGGUUGAGGAUUCUGAGGGAGUGACACUAGCCGAACAACUCAACUGCCCAAAAUUUGACGUUUCCGUCGCGGAGGGAUAUUCGGGUGUGUCAGAAGCAAUGGAGGAACUUGUUAUUCAGUUAAAGCGAGAGUUUGUCAAAAACUGCUCACAAGCCGCAGUGACCGCUAACGACAAAACCAAAUCAAAACUGUUCACAUUCAAAAAGGGAUUCAAGAAAAGAAUCAGUCGAAGUCAUAGUGACACGGUGUAAUUUUUUUGAUAUAGACUCUUUUAUGAUGCAUUGACAUGCAGCGCCUAUCCACAAAAUCAUUUAAUAUGUGUAUUGUUUAAAAGCUAUUGUUCCAACUUUAUUCAUUCAAAAUCGAUGAUGAUGAGAAAAAGUAAGUGUGUACAGGUAUCCACUAAAACUAAACCAUAACUU